CUUUCUCUACAUUGUAUUGUUUCACCAUGGACCACCUUCAGUGUAGUGUGCAGGUUUUGGUUUGGCUUGGCAUGUUGGUUGCUGCUUUGGCACAGCACCAAGAUGAUAAUUUUAAAGGCCAAACCAAAGAUAUUCCGUUUCAUAGAUGCCAGGUCAGUGACUUUGACAGGGUGCCAUGUGGAGACCCUGAUAUUGAUAGCACUGGCUGUGAAGCCAUCAAUUGCUGCUUUGACCAAGCACAAUGCUUCUAUGCCAGGGAAGUGACUGUCCAGUGUCUUCGAGAUGGUCAGUUCAGGGUAGUAGUGUCACGGGACACCACAGUACCUCGGCUGAUCCUGGAGUCCGUGAGUCUGCUGGAAGGAAACGAGGCACACUGUGGCCCUGUUGCAACCUCGGUGUCCUUUGUCGUUUUCCAGUUCCCAGUCAGCACCUGUGGCACAACCGUGACGGAGGAAAAUGGUUAUGUGGUCUAUGAGAACAAGCUGUCCUCUUCGUAUGAAGUGGCGACUGGACCCCUUGGCUCCAUAACCAGGGACAGUGUCCAUGAGUUGUCCUUCCUGUGUAGAUAUUUUGGCAGUGAGGUGGUCGCCCUGGUGGCUGAGGUGAACACCGUUCCGCCUCCCCUUCCAGUGGCUGCCCAAGGCCCUUUGCGUGUGGAGCUCAGACUAGCCAAUGGCCAGUGUGAAGAAAAAGGAUGCUCGGAUGCUAAUGUGUACAGCUCCUACUAUGGAGACUCGGACUACCCCGUCACUAAGGUGCUGCGAGACCCUGUGUAUGUGGAAGUUCGGAUCCUGGACCGGUCCGAUCCCAACAUUGUCCUGACAUUGGAGCACUGCUGGGCCACUUCCACCUCCAGCCCCCUCAGCAUGCCCCAGUGGAAUCUGCUGGUUGAUGGGUGUCCCUUCCAUGAUGACCGGUACCUCACCACCUUGGUUCCUGUGGAUCAUGCCUCUGGGCUCCCAAACCCCACCCACUACAAACGAUUUGUGGUCAAGAUGUUCACCUUCGUUGAUUCUGCUACUCUGGUGCCCCUGAAGGAAACGGUGUUCAUCCACUGUAGUACUGCUGUGUGCUAUCCCUCUGCUGGUAAUACCUGUGAACAUGGAUGUGGCAGGCAGAGGAGACAUGCUGCUAAAAUGGUCCAGUCCAGGGAAGAGGCUGGCAUUGUUUCCAGUGAAGCUGUGAUCUUUGAGCCACGGUUCGCAAAUCUGGCCAGGACGACAUCAGAUGGUGAUCAUGAAGUGCCCCAGUCCCUUGCCUUUGGUCUGCUGGGAGUGGCUGCUGCAGUUGUGCUUGCUGUCUUUGCCCUGGUGCUCUCAGUGGUGUGGCGAUCCAGACAAUGUCAUGUGGCAGCUAUAAAGCUGUGAGCUAAAUAAAGCUGCUUGUGGAAAUUCAA